AUGGAAGACGAUGACAGAGAAUCCAACGCAAGCUCAGACAAUGAACAGGAUGAGGUGAUGGAGGACGCCGUGGAGGAGCCCGACGCCGAAGAUAACGAGGGAGAAGACGAAGAAGAUAACGAAAACGAGAAUGAUGACGAGGAGGAGGACGACGGCGAGAAUGAAGAUCCCGAUGUCGUGCAAGACAAGCCCAGUAACGAUAAAACCGUCACCGGCAAGGAGAUCGCCGCCGCCGCCACCGAUGGAGGAGACGGCGUCUCCCUGGCGAGCCAAAAGCGGCCAGGCAGCAGUGGCAGCAAUACCAACGAUGGCAGCAAGGACGACCGUGUAGCAGGAAAGGCACCAGAGACAGAUGCGACGCGGGAAAAGACGCCAGCGACGCCAAUCAAGCCCGGGUGGCGACCCAAGAUAGACCCGACGCGCAUCUCGGCGCGGCUCUACGACAUUGUGCCCACCAUGGCGGCUCCGCAGGCCACGAGCAUCAAUGCCUUUGCUGCGACGCCCGACCAGCGCUUCUGGGUCACGGGAGGGUCGGACGGAUAUGUGCGGAAGUACGAUGCCCAGGGCACCAUAAACGGCAAGCUACCAUUGACGGUGGCACAGCGUCAUCCGUUUGUUGACUCUGUUGUCAAGGCCGGCAUUCUGAUGAGCUACUGGGAAAACGAAGAGGUUUCAGGGCCCAGCGGUGGUAGUGGCAGCACCAGUGUUGGAGUCGGAGGAGUCGGGAGCAGCAGCGGCGCCUUGGCCUUUGGAGUCGGCGCGGCUACCCACGAUCACAUCCUCAGCCCCGUGUACAGUAUCGCGGUGCAGGCCCAGGGGCUAUGGGUGCUGUCGGGUACAGAAGGCGGCGGCAUCAACCUGUCAAGUGGGCGCCACGAGGAAGGCAAGCGUAUUGCGUGCUUACACAAGCACAGCAGCGCUGUCAGCGUGCUGACCAUGUUACCAGACGAGAAGACGGUGCUGAGCGGCAGCUGGGACAAAACAGUUGCCGACUGGGACCUUAACAAUGGUCAGGUCCGGCGGACCUUUGUUGGCAGCGGCAGCCAGAUCUCGGUCGUGGAGCUCAGGCCGCUCUGUGGCGCGCCCGUGCCGUCCCUAGGGGCAUUGUUUGACGACGAAACCAACGGCGAUGUCAAGGGCGUAUGGUCCACCAUGAGCAGCAACAACGACGCCAAGUUCCGCAAUGGGUCGUUGGGCAACGGCAUCGUCAAUGGUAACUCGAGCGCCAGUGGCUCCGGGGCCAAUGGUGCAGCGGGUCUGGGCGGUACUGCCUCUGGUGCUGCUGGCGGUGAUGGUGGAGUAGGAACCGCGUUUGCACAAACGGCUUCACCGGCACACGAAAGUCUUUUCGGCAGCCCGGCAGGGUCCUUGUUUGGCGACGACACCAUUGGCGGCAAUGGCAAUGUGUUUGGGGACGAUGAUGACGACUUCAAUACUCACACCAUGGACAUGGACCUUAACGGGGGAGGCGAGACAGGUCAGAACGGUGGUGUCGGUUCUGGUCCUACCGCGGACGAUAUAGCCAUGGGUGGCACUGACGAGGGGCCGGCUGGAGAUGCUAUCGGAGACGCUGGCAAAAAUGCAGUCUCCGCUGCUGAACCUGCUACUGCCACCGCUGCUGCUACAGGGGAAGAUGUAGCUAGAGUAUCUCAGACAAUGACCUCGGCGGACACACAACUGCCACCACCUACAGCACCGCUGGCAACAUCCGCCAUGUCAACAUCGUCAAAUACCGAAACCGACGUCAACAAAGAGUCAGCCUUGUCGUCAGAGCCAGCUGUCCCUGCUGCUACCGCUGCUACUGAAAAUAACACAGACCAACCGAAUAUUGUCUUCAACUCUGCUGCGCCGGCACACGCGGAUCCCACCCAGAUGUCUGAUCAGGUCUUCCUAUCAGCCUCGAUCGACGGCACGCUGCGUAUCUGGGAUCGACGUGUACCUCGUGAUCCAGUGGCCCGCAUCGGCACCCGCCCGGGAGUUCCGCCGUGGUGCAUGGGGGCAUGCUGGAGUCCCGAUGGAAACUGGAUUUACGCAGGUCGCCGCAACGGUACCGUUGAGGAAUAUAGCAUCCAUAAGGCUAGGUCGGGCUGGGCCCCCGAACGUGCUCUGAAGCUGCCCGCGGGGAGUGGUGCCGUGAGCGCCGUAAGAGCCAUGCCCAAUGGGAGGCAUCUUGUUGUUGCAUCGCACGACAUUCUCCGGCUUUACGACCUCCGCGAUAGCUCCGCCUUCAAAGGUUCCUCGGUCCCCUUCCUCAUCGUACCUGGUCCACCCCGCGCAGGUGUCAUUGCGCAACUAUACAUUGACCCAUCGGCCCGCUUCAUGGUUUCAAUUGCGGGCACGCGCGGCUGGGAUGGCACUUCGACCGAAUGCCUGGUGGGUUACGAGAUUAAUGUCGCCGGGUAG